UCAUUUAUCACAAUGUAGACGAUCCAAGUGCCAGCUGGAAAACACUGUCUUCUCUUUUCACAUUGGAGUGGUGAACCCAAUGAGUCCUCCCCCCUCUGCCACUGCCCAUGCUGGGCUCCAGAGAAUGGGGAGCAGUAGCUCCACUUUUACCACAACCAACUCCCUGAUUAAAGUCUGCAGAGAUCACAAGGGAGGAAUCAACUGGAUGAGCCUGAGCCCUGAUGGGUGUAACCUGCUGACUGCCAGUGAGGACUGCACCGCCCGUUUAUGGAGAACAUCUGACAAUCAAUGCUGCAGGUUGCUGCAAGGCCACAGCAGCUACAUCACCUUUUGUCAUCUGGAGAACGAGGUGGCGUUCACAUGCAGUGCAGACCACUCGGCCAGAAAGUGGGAGGUAGCAACAGGACAGUGCCUGACCGUGUACACAGGACACACGUCCAUUGUUAAUAGGAUUCUGGUCAGCAGGAAUUUGCUCUUCAGUGGAUCUUAUGACCGGACAGCUCGUCUCUGGGAUGUAGACUCUGGCAGAUCUCUUCAGGAGUUUCAGGGUCAUAGAAACUGUGUGUUGGCCUUAGCGCAUUUUUCAUCCAGUGAUAUUCUGGAAGCAUCAGACUUGGAAGGAAAGGAAGUGAAGGAAUUUCUGGUGACAGGAAGCACGGACUGCACAGUGAAAAUCUGGGAAGCCUUCAGUGGUUGCUGCUUCCAGACUUUACGGGGGCACGUGGGGGCCAUAUUGUGUAUUGUGCUGGACGUCCCCAACAAGGAACUGUUUUCAGGAAGCACAGACUACACCAUCCGGAGGUGGAACAUUGUCACAGGAGACCAGCUGAAAGUGUUCAGAGAUCACCAGGGAUCUGUUAUCUGUCUGGAGAUGGUGGGCCGACACUUGUAUUCUGGGAGCGUGGACCGGACAGCGAAAUGUUGGUUGCCUGACACUGGUGAAUGUGUUCGGACGUACAAGUCUCACAAACACAGCGUUAGCACUUUGCAGUACCAUGCUGGAAUAUUAUUUACAGGAAGUGGCGAUACUUGUGCGAGGGCAUUCAAUACAAAGUCAGGGGCCUUGCAACAAGUCUUCCCAGGACACACAUUCAUCAUAAACUGCAUUCAGAUAUAUGACAAUGUUUUAUAUACGGCUUCUCAUGAUGGAACUCUUCGAGUCUGGGACAUACAGGAAAUCUACUCACAAACCAAGCACCAGAAGAAGAUAGCCGUGCGGAGUAAACUCUCUCAGAAGGGAAGCUUGCCUCACCUCUUCCAUAACAAAGUGGGUUGCUCACCAGAGGAUAAUGAUAGCUGUGAACCAGUAGAAUUGAUAUGAAGUUCUGGAAGACUGUUUUUUCUAGCAAUGCUGGAAACCUUUGGUGGAACUACUGCAAUAACUGUCCAUAUGACUGCUAUGGGACCCAGGGAGAAAAGGGGACCAAAUGAAGCAUCAGUGAGAGCUGAGAGCUUUGUAUCUGUGUGGCACAAGGUUUGAGGUCUGAUUUGUAGUUUUGUACAGUUACCAUAACUAGUGGCAAGUUGAUCUGAACUCUAAAGUUACCUUUGCUUUU